GUUUUCACUUUGCCCAAAGUCAUCUCCAAACUGAAGUUGAAACUUACAGCACUGGAAGGCUCCCGGGUGCGAAAAGUGGCCGUUGCCAACUUUGUCAGCUCUAAGACCGAGCAUAGUGAGAAUGACUUGGCUGUCCUGACAAAUCAGGGAGACAUCCAGAUUAUCUCUCUGCCUUCACUUAAAAUCCAAGCCCGUUAUCCCUGUAUUCGCAAGGAGGAUGUGAGUGGCAUUGCUUCCUGUGUAUUCACCCGAUAUGGGCAAGGGUUCUAUCUCAUCUCCCCAUCAGAAUUUGAAAGAUUUUCCCUUUCGCCAAAGUGGCUGGUGGAACCUCGAUGUCUUGUGAAAGCAUUGGAAAACAGAGAAAACAGCCACGGGCACAGCACAUCUGGCACAGAAAGGACUUCAAAGAAAUCAAACAGCAGCAUUAGGGAUUCAAGACAAACCUCUGGUGAACCAGGUGGUGAUGAAAGAAUGACUGAUAGGCUGAUGGAACACGCCCUUCUCAAUGAUGAAAAUGUUCUGAAGGAAAUCCAGAGUACGCUAGAAGAUGGGAGAGGGAGUUACUAUAAUAGAAGUUCAGGAAGAAUCCAAGUAGGGCAUACGCUAAGUAAUGGAGGAGAAUGAUUGUGCCUUGGCGUGUCGUUUGUGAGUUUUGGGCAUUUAAAGAGUGCCAUAACACUACUGUUGUAGGUACAGCAUCGUCGGGGCUGAGAAGCAUCCCCUGGCCAGGGCUUCGGAUAAAAUUGAAGGGCUGCAUCCUUUUCCUCAUUGUGCCUCACCUGAAGCUCGUACCUAUCUUGAGUUAUCCGCCUUGUGAAGAUGCUGGAACCACUCUAGCCUCUUCCUUUUUAUGCCUCUGGAUCUGUGUUUUGCAAUUCUUCAAGUGUUUGCACAAUUUAUUUCCUUUUUAAAUAUAUAUAUUUGUACUGGGAAGGGUUUUAAAUUAUGAAAAUUAUUGUUUUGGAAGCAGACUUUUAAGAAUGAGUACUGUUUCCACUAAGAUUAUUUUUUGUACAUUUUUAAAAUCAUAAUGGGUGUUUAACAGAGGCAUAUUUUAGAAGUGUGCUUUUUAAAAAAAAAUUAUUGAAAUAAUAUAUGUCACUUUAAAUCCCUGUGGCUGCUCCAAUGAAGUUUUUGUCAUAUUACAGUACUGUUAAAUUGUUUGGCAGACUGGGUAGAUUAUUUUUGUAGCUGUUCAGAAGUGAGCAAACUAAUCAAAUUUAACUUGAUUUGUAUAUGAACACUACAUUAAUUUUUCUUGAAAUAAAACAGUACCUUUACUUAUU